AUGGAAUGGGAGUAUAUAUUGGAUCAUAAUAAAAGCAAACUGACAGAGUUAAUUAUGAUGACUAAUGUCACUGAUGAGUUUAUAGGUUGGAAAUCAGGAGCUGAGGAUUUUAUUCUACCACUUAAGGUCCUCUUUUUGCUUGACACUAUAGACCUAAGUACAAUGGUAGUGAUGGUUUUGGUGGUAUUAUCCAUAUCUUUGAAAAAACCAACUCUGGAAAAAAUGGAAGAUAUGUAG